CAAGCGCGGAGGCUGACGACGUGGCCGCGAAGACCUGGACUGGGGGUCCGCGCUGAGCGCCUGGUUCACGUGAUUCUCUGAGGGCCUUCUGCCCUCGUCCUUUUUUCUUGGCAGAGUUUCACCUAGACUCUGCGAUUCGAAGCUGAGUGACGUCUUCCUACACACCAUUUUGAAGAAAUGGAGCAAGAGCCACAAAAUGGAGAACCUACUGAAAUUAAGAUCAUCAAGGAAGCAUACAAGAAGGCCUUUUUAUUUGUUAAUAAGGGACUGAAUACAGACGAAUUAGGUCAGAAGGAAGAAGCAAAGAACUACUACAAGCAAGGAAUAGGACACCUGCUCAGAGGAAUCAGCGUAUCAUCGACAGAGCCUGAACACAUAGGUGCUGGGUGGGAAUCUGCUAGACAGAUGCAACAGAAAAUGAAAGAAACACUGCAGAAUGUACGUACCAGGUUGGAAAUUCUGGAGAAGGGUCUUGCCACUUCUCUACGGAAUGAUCUUCAGGAGGUGCCCAAGUUAUAUCCAGAAUUUCCACCUAAAGACAUAUCUGAAAAGUCACCAGAGCCUCAGUCCUUUAGUUCUCCUCAGCACACUGAAGCAAAUGGAAACACUUCAACAGCAAGUACAGAGUUGGUUCCUGCACCUAGUUCUUUAUCCUUACCAUCUCAAAGUCAUCCAGCAGAAGCACCUCCUGCUUAUACUCCUCAGGCUGCUGAGGGUCACUACACUGUAUCCUAUGGAACAGAAUCUGGGGAAUUUUCAUCAGUUGGAGAAGACUUUUAUAGGAAUCAUUCUCAGCCACCUCCUCUUGAGACCUUAGGGCUAGAUGCAGAUGAGUUGAUUUUGAUACCAAAUGGAGUACAGAUUUUUUUUGUAAAUCCUGCAGGGGAAGUUAGUGCACCUUCAUAUCCAGGGUACCUUCGAAUUGUGAGGUUCUUGGAUAAUUCUCUUGAUACUGUUCUAAACCGUCCUCCUGGGUUUCUUCAGGUUUGUGACUGGUUGUAUCCUCUAGUUCCUGAUAGAUCUCCAGUUCUUAAAUGUACCGUGGGAGCCUACAUGUUUCCUGAUACCAUGUUACAAGCGUCAGGAUGCUUUGUGGGGGUUGUCUUGUCUUCUGAAUUACCAGAGGAUGAUAGAGAACUUUUUGAGGAUUUAUUAAGACAGAUGUCUGACCUUCGGCUUCAGGCAAACUGGAACCGGGCAGAAGGAGAAAAUGAAUUCCAAAUCCCUGGAAGAGCUAGAUGCUCCUCUGACCAAUUGAAGGAAGCCAGUGGCACUGAUGUAAGACAGUUGGACCAAGACAAUAAGGAUGUGCGUCAUAAAGGAAAAAGGGGGAAAAAAGUAAGUAAAGCUAAAGACACUUCAAGUGAAGAAGUUAAUCUGAGUCACAUUGUACCCUAUGAGCCAGUUUCAGAAGAAAAAGCAAAGGAAUUACCUGAAUGGAGUGAGAAAGUGGCUCAAAAUAUUUUGUCAGGUGCUUCCUGGGUGAGCUGGGGUUUGGUCAAAGGUGCUGAAUUUACCGGCAAAGCAAUCCAGAAAGGUGCUUCUAAACUCCGUGAACGGAUUCAACCAGAAGAAAAACCAGUGGAAGUUAGUCCUGCUGUGACCAAGGGACUUUAUAUAGCAAAGCAGGCUACAGGAGGAGCAGCAAAAGUCAGUCAGUUCCUGGUUGAUGGAGUUUGCACUGUAGCAAACUGUGUUGGGAAGGAACUAGCUCCACACGUCAAGAAGCAUGGAAGCAAACUUGUUCCAGAAUCUCUUAAAAAAGACAGAAAUGGGAAGUCUACCUUGGAUGGUGCUAUGGUUGUAGCUGCAAGUAGUGUUCAAGGAUUUUCAACUGUCUGGCAGGGAUUGGAAUGUGCAGCCAAAUGUAUUGUUAACAAUGUUUCAGCAGAAACUGUACAAACUGUCAGAUACAAAUAUGGGCAUACUGCUGGAGAAGCUACACAUGAUGCAGUAGAUUCUGCCAUCAAUGUUGGUGUAACUGCCUAUAAUAUUGACAACAUUGGUAUCAAAGCAAUGGUGAAGAAAACUGCAAAAGAAACGGGACAAACACUCCUUGAAGACUAUAAAAUAGUUGAUAAUUCUAAGGGAAGAAAUCAAGAAGGAAGAGCAAACGUAAACAUGAAAAGGGAGAAGGGUGAGGAGACAAAGGAACUAGAGAAGAGUGAGGCAAAGAAGAAAGAGAAAUGAUGGAAGUGCUAUGAAUCACCUAUACCAAAGCCUUACAAGGUGGAUACAUUUUUGUUAAAUAGGCAAAUGUGGAAUUCCCCACAGAUUAACCAGUGUUUUAAAAAUGUAUUCAUUCCUAUGAAGUGACUAUUUCAUAAGCUUUAUAGCAUGUCUUCUAUUUACAAGGAAAAGAAUCAGUAUUCUUGCAUAUGGCCUUUAGAAUAUAGGGUUAUAUUCUCAUUAUUUUUUCUAAAUGUGGCUGAAAUAUUUUUGCAGUUAAAAUAAAAUUAAUAAUACAUGUGCUAUAAACCUCAUUAAACCUGAUGUUAAACUAUUUUUGUAUUUGCUGUCUUUCAAAAAGCAAGAUAGGAAAUUAUAUAUUUACAUAAAAUUUGGCAUUUAGUAACGUUAGCUCUAGUUGUACUUGAAAGAAUGACUUAAAAUAUUGUCUGCUGGCUUUGCACUAAUUGUGGAUUUUUUUUCCCCUAGGU